AUGCAUAAAUUGUACAGCCAUGCAGGAAUCAAUCAAGAGAUAAGCAGCAGUCGCAAUAACUGCUAUAUCAAAGAAUCUGGGAAAAAGAUAAAAGGCUUAUUAAAAAUAAAAGAAAAACUCAUGCCUCAUUCUCUUGAAGCUUUACAGCCAAUCGUCCAACAGUCAACUGAUGGAUUGAUCAAGGUAAAAAUUACUACAAAGUCUUCACUGUCCAAAAAUGCCUGAGAAAAGAUCAAUUAUUCCUGAAAUAAAAUCAGUUCUUUUGAAUGUGACAGCCCUGAGCCGAAGUCCAUCUAUAUUACUACUGAAUCAAAGCCAGUGAGAAGAAAUCCUUCUCCGCUGGUAAGUCAUUCUCUUGAAGGCUACCAGUUCAAGCCAAUUGACUUGAAAUCUCCUGCGAACUCAAAACUCCCUAUAUUUAAUCGAAGAUGUUCAUCAAGAACCCCGGACAAAUUUUAUAAAAUUCCUUACCUAAUUUAUAGAUAUAAAAUGGUGAUGCUGCGGAAGAUGGAUUCCGAGAAACUCCUUAUGGAGCAGGUGGACCUGUCCGAUGAAGCUGAAAAUAGAGCCUCUACCAUUUUUUGAAAUAGGGCUUUGGGCCUGGGGAUGCCUGCCGAAGAGGGAAAUAUUGUUUCUCCCCCAAAGGUUUUCCCUGCCACUACCAGAUGGGUAGGUUUUGCCCCACUUGUCUUCGCCAAUCGGGACUAACGGGGCAUCGCAAGAGGUGGCUCUAAUCUAGGGAGCUAAUCAUUAGGUUAUGUGGGUUUACGCCAGAUAAAGAGUUUUCCUUGCUCCUAUUAGGCUAGGGUACAUAGUUUUUCACGCCACAAGGCCACUAGCAAGAGCGUCUAAAAUCCAAAAGCACAUAUUCCAUCUUUCUCAUUUAUACGCAGAGAUUACGUAGUCUUUUUGGAGCCAACUAGGAGAUGUUCUGCCUCUUAUGACAAAUGGUUAAUCUUAAUCUUACCCAAUUCGUGAUAUAUCACCUCUAAGUCAUUCUCACUCAAGAAAAAAGCUAUCUUAUAUUCCAUUUCCAUCAAAUGUUCCUUUCUCAAUAGCACUAACAAUCCUAUUACUUUUUAAAAAGCAUUAUUAGCAUCCAUCAAACAAUAUUUAUUUAACAAUCAUGACAUAUGUAA